UCCCGUUGCUCUCUUCUGAUUUCAGCGGGGGUAAAACUUGUCGACAUUUUGGCACUGAUCUUCACCGGUUGCUCAAGUGCCGGACAUGGGGAGGGCGUCUUGUUGUGAAAAAGUUGGGCUGAAAAGGGGGAGAUGGGAUGCGGAAGAGGAUAACAUUUUGACCAAGUAUAUUCAAGCUCAUGGUGAAGGCUCCUGGAGAUCAUUGCCCAAGAAUGCAGGAUUACUAAGGUGUGGGAAGAGUUGCAGACUAAGGUGGCUUAAUUAUUUGCGAGCUGAUUUGAAAAGGGGGAACUUUACUGUCGAAGAGGAAGAAACCAUCGUCAAAUUGCAUGAAUCGUUGGGAAAUAGGUGGUCUUUAAUCGCCAGCCACUUGAAUGGAAGAACAGACAACGAGAUAAAGAACUACUGGAACUCUCAUUUAAGUAGAAAAAUCUACAGGUUUAGAAGGUUUCUUACUCAAAACUUGCCCCUGAUUAUGAACGUCAAGCCAAGGGCAAUGGGAAAAAACGAAAGCCAAAGUACAAAGACAAACGACGGCAGUUCUUCGAAUAUACCUAUUGAUGAAGCCGUGUCAUUUUCACCCACGCCACCUUUGGAAAAAGAAACUUUUAUCACUGCGUAUGGAGAAAUGUUGGGAUCCAUAAUUCAUCAUCCAUUUGAAAGCAUGGAAAGCUGUGGGUUGCUGCGUUUUGAUGAUAUUAAAGAUGAUGAAUCGCUACAAACCAAUGGGGAUAACAGGGUCAUUGUCGGUGCUGAUCAGAGAGAUCAGAGUCCAAUUGAAAUAGCAGGCAAUACUGAGGAAGUAGAGAGUGGGGACUAUUAUGCAGAUUUUGGGGACUUGAUCGAUUCCCGUUUCUCCACAAAUUCAUGCUUCAUCGAUGAUUAUGAGCUUGGUAAUCUGGCUGGAUUGGGACUGGGAGCGUGUGGUUCAAUGGAAUGAGUUCUGUGAUGAAGGUUCCAUGUUUGCUUGGCAUUUAUUCUCCUAAUGCUCUGCUGUUGUUUGUUCACUUAGAUGUUAACAGACAUCCUAGAAACAAACCUGUGUCCGUGGUUUUUGUUCUUUCUCUGUUUCCAGUCUCUUCUUGUUUUGUUA